UGUACUACGCUGUUUACUGGGGCCGCGGUACAUAGCGUAGACGACGCACGACGCACUCGGUGCUCAGGGAAACAGGCACUUUAGCCUCAGGAUGGGAAGUACCACCAUGUACCAGCAAGGGGUGGAAGAGAUACUAAAAGGCUACGCGGCUGGGAUUGAUGAGGGUCUCGUGGCAGUCUUGAGCGCGAUCGCAAAAUCCACGGGUUCGAUCGGAGAACACUUGAAAUUAGCCAACGGAGCUUCCAAGGCGGGCACGGACAAUGCUUUCGGGGAUGAGCAGCUGGACGUUGAUCUCGCCGCUGAUGAGAUCAUAUUUCAAGAGUUCAAGAGCUGUGGCGCCGUCGCCGUCGCUGCCUCGGAAGAGAAACCGGUGGAGGCGCCCAUGGGAGGCUCUACUGAACGGCUCUAUUCGGUGGGGUUCGAUCCAUUGGACGGCUCCUCGAUCAUCGAUGCCAAUUUCGCCGUGGGUUCGAUCUUCGGAGUCUGGCCGGGGGACAAGCUGCUCGGUAGAACCGGCAGGCAACAGGUGGCUUCGUGCAUGAGCCAGUACGGUCCGAGGACGACAAUGGCUGUGGCGCUUUCCGCUGUCACCACGGGGGGGGAUGCCGUCGCCUUCGAGCUAACCUUCCAGUCCGAUGCUCAGCGGUGGGUGGUCACACGCGAGAAGUUCGACAUCGCACCAGCAGGAAAGGUCUUCGCGCCUGGCAACUUGCGGGCGACGGCGGACCAGCCGGCUUACAAGCGGCUUUUCGAUCACUGGGUCGACAACAGGUACACGCUGAGAUAUACCGGGGGCAUGGUGCCAGACGUGUACCACAUCCUGAUCAAGAACAAAGGGGUGUUCAGCAACGUCUCCAGCGCAGCCGCUAAGGCGAAGCUCCGGCUUCUGUACGAGUGUGCCCCGAUCGCCCUUCUUAUCGAGGCCGCCGGAGGAGCCAGCGUUAUGGCCCCUUCCCCGGGGGCAGCAUCGGGAGGGACUCCGCUGUCGGUGCUGGAUGUGGAGAUCGACAACCUGGACAAGCGGCUAGGGCUCUGCUUAGGGGGGAAAGAAGAAGUGGAUGUGUUUAAUCGCUUUAUGUUCGGCUAGUUUGAUCUUGGGGGGGGUGGUUGGGGCAUUGAUCCUUGCGGGGGGGGGGACAGUACAAGUGUGAACUCGUACGCUUUACAGGACAGCGAUGUAAAUACGCAAGCGUUGCUUUCAAGGGAACCGGAGUGCAAACGUCACUCAUUACGGCUGACUUCACCUACAACACAAAAGGUGUGUCGAGCGAACUUUAAGACGUUUGAGGUGAUUGCCUACUUGGGAUAAUAACGUGGUUCUCGGCACGGACGGACAGGUGAAGAGGCGGGCGCGACACGUGGCAAUGCCCUGCAUGCACGUACAGUAUGAGCGGUUCCAUGGAAUUGACGAUGUCAACCUCGAGGCGUCGUCUCUUUUUCUCCACGGUUGGAUGGUAACCCGCUGACUUAUUGCUAGGUGUCUCUUGCCCGAANUUCGCGCCGUUCUCGCCGCCGCCGUCAGAGAAGGUGCUCGGGCCGGUGGUGUUGUCGGUGCCGCCGACGGCAGACAAGGACCUCGAGAACGAAGCAGACGUCGAGGGAAGGCUAACUUACCCAAAAAAGGUAUAACAAGUGAGUAGGUUGGAUGAAGCGGUUCGUAAGGCCACUUGUAACGCUGUCUCUUUUUGGGCUGUCCCUUUUCUCAAAAAGGGACAACUGACCAAAAACCACUUGUUACGUGGUCUUUUUUUGCGUUUUUGAACCUCCCGAAAAGGGACAGCGAAAGAAGAUCACCCCAUCCUGUCCCUUUUUGGGCAACUUUGUCCCUUCCUGAGAAAAGGGACAGCCCAAAAAGAGACAGCGUAACAAGUGGCCUUAGUCUCGUCAAUUUCCAAGUUGACAUGCUGUGCAAGGUAGUCGGGCUGGCCAUGCCUCCCACGCGUGCGAGUGCUGUGUUUCAUGAAGACUUCGUUUACGGAUCGCGGAUCAGGCCCAUCGAACUUGACAUGCCGUCUAACGCGAGUAUUUGCUUAGACGGGGGCGGUUUCAUCUCGUUUCUCAGGCCAGGUACCUCGCAAUCGAAUAAGGUGGUCAUCGACAAUCUCCUUUGAUUUCAC